GGAUUUUGCUUCUUAUUUUUCGCCCGUUCUUUGCCCUGCAAGAGGAAACUUAUCAAAUUCUUGUCUAAAAAUAUUCCUUUUCUUUUGAUGUACUUGGAUUAUGGACCUUAAUCUCCGGCUGCAUUCCAUUCGUAUCGGAGAAUGUUCUCUCUUUUCUGCCAUUUCUUUUCUUCUGUGCUACAAAAUUGUGUCUUGAUUUUCGAAUUUUUCUGCAAUUUCCAGUUUUUAUGUCUAGAAAGCUUAACUUGUUUAGCUGCACCUGGAGUUUGGACCUUAAUCUCGGGCUGCACUUUGUUCAUAUCAGAGAAUUUUGCCUCUUCCUUUCACCCAUCCAAAGUUUUCCUUCUUUUGGUUUCUGCUUUUAUUACACUGACUUUGCAUCAAAUUUUGGCCUGAAAAAAAGGAACUUAUUUUUUGGCAGUUACAUGUCAUCGAAGAACAUUUUUGUAAUAGAGCUAUGAAUGUUCAAUUCCUUUUCUUGAGAGCAGCGCUCAUCCUUUUUGUGUUUUUCCGUUGUCGGUGUACUCUAGUAACUCAGAAUCAUAAGCUGAAGGUCAGUUGAGGAAGCAUCAAUAUAAAAGCAUGGAUCAGUACGAGGUGCUAGAGCAGAUCGGUAAAGGAUCAUUCGGUUCAGCUCUUCUUGUGAGGCAUAAAAUUGAGAAGAAGAAGUAUGUCUUGAAGAAGAUUCGUCUUGCUCGGCAGACUGACAGGUGCCGCAGGUCUGCCCACCAGGAAAUGGAGCUUAUUUCUAAGGUGAACAACCCGUUCAUUGUGGAAUACAAAGAUUCCUGGGUUGAAAAGGGUUGCUAUGUGUGUAUUGUGAUAGGUUAUUGUGAGGGCGGAGAUAUGGCUGAAGUCAUAAAGAAGGUCAAUGGAGCUCUUUUCCCGGAGGAGAAACUUUGUAAGUGGCUUGUUCAACUACUUAUGGCACUUGAUUACUUGCACAUGAACCAUAUUCUGCACCGUGAUGUUAAGUGUUCAAAUAUAUUUCUUACAAAAGAAAAAAACAUACGUCUUGGUGACUUUGGUCUUGCUAAAAUUUUGACCUCUGAUGAUCUAGCUUGUUCUGUUGUUGGCACUCCUAGUUACAUGUGCCCUGAACUUCUUGCUGAUAUACCCUAUGGUUCUAAAUCUGAUAUCUGGUCCCUUGGCUGCUGUAUAUAUGAGAUGACAGCCCUCAAGCCUGCAUUCAAAGCCUUUGACAUGCAAGGUUUGAUAAACAAAAUUAACAAGUCCAUAGUGGCUCCUCUGCCAAGCACGUAUUCUGGUGCAUUUCGAGGACUCAUAAAAAGUAUGUUAAGAAAAAACCCAGAACAUAGACCGAGUGCUGCUGAACUGCUCAAGCACCCACACCUUCAGCCUUAUGUGCUUGAAGUCAAUUUAAAGUCUCCUACAUGGAAUAGGCUUCCUAUUAUGCAAACUAAAAACAAUCAUUUGAAGAAAAUUACAUUCCUUGAUGCCAGCAAUGAUUCCAUGUGCAAUGACAUGGAGAAAAGGAGGUCUUUCAGCAGUGAGAAGAUAUUGAAACUGAAUAAGCCUGUAGCUGAGCAUGACUCUUUUGAUUCCACUCAGACAAUUAAAGUUUAUCCAAAUUAUCCAAACCAAAGACUAAAAGGUCAGGUUGGGGAUAUAGAUGUGUAUAAAGCGAAUAGUGAGAAACACUCGCCUACUGUGAAGACACCCAGAUAUACUCCUAAAUCCUUCACAACUCCAAGGAAGGUAGUGGAGCCAUCAAAAUCAUCGCAUACUGGAGGAGAUCAUGAACUGCUUCCAUUACAAAUUACAACAGAUAAAAGUGGACAACACACUGGAAGAACAACUCUUCCUUCAUCGAAAUCUGAGACCCCUUAUAGACACAAAGUUGGUAUUAUCAACCCGAUGGAAUCCCCCGAUAUUUCAGUGAAUUCCCCUCGAAUAGACAGAAUAGCAGAAUUUCCAUUAGCCUCAUUUAAAGACCCACUGUUCACCAUCCAAAAGCUCCCUUCAGAUCAUGACUCUUCUCUCAUUCCUCAUUGUGGAGACUGUUCAAUCACCAAAGAUAAAUGCACUGUUCAAAUCUUUCGAUCCAAAGGGGACAAUAGGAACUAUUCUUCAGACCGAAGUCCAGUAGCCGCAGAUGUGUCAAGUCGAGGCUCAUCUGAAUCAAUGCAGCGGAGGUUUGACACCUCAUCAUAUGAACAGCGGGCAGAGGCUUUGGAGGGAUUGCUUGAAUUUAGUGCACAGUUGCUACAACAGGAGAGGUUUGAAGAAUUGGGGAUUUUGCUGAAGCCAUUUGGCCCUGAGAAGGUCUCCCCAAGAGAGACAGCUAUAUGGUUAACAAAGAGCUUUAAAGAAACUGCAGUGUGUUGAUGUAUUCAAGUCUUUUUUGUUGCUGCUUACUUCAUAGAAAUCAAAGUGAGCUUGUCACUUUAUUAUAGAUGGUUGUCUUUGUUAUCUUAAAGCUAUGUAACCUGCUGUAGGUUGAAAGUCUGCCAACGUAUCUUGAAGUUAGAUGUGGUUUCUCUGUAUGACACAUAUUAUUACUAGGCUAUGUUGAUUUUUUAUGUUA